AUGUCACAUUUCAAUCCGGAAGACAGCAGAUUUUCUCCUGGAUCCUCUCAUCGCCCGUACCCGCGCCGUGACGAUCGGGACGGUCGUAUGUACGAUGAUCGUUCGCCUUCCCGAUCGCGAUCGCCUGGCGAAGGCCAGCGCUCUCCUCCGCGUGGCCCCGCUGCAGAUCGGCGACGCGAACCAUCCAGGGACCGACUUAGUUCUCGACCUCGCUAUCGAAGCCGCGACCGCGAUGACUAUCGUCGGCGACCUUCUAGAUCACCGCCACCGCGGCGUGGCAGACCAGCCUACAGAGAUCGGGAUCGUGAGGGCUAUCGUUCACCCGGAUACAGUCGGAGCAGAAGCUACAGUCGCAGUCGCAGCCCUCGUCGGAGUCGACAGCCUUACCACGAGAAGGAAAGCAGAGAAGUCAUGAUGGAUGGGUUGCCGGUGGAUAUGGCGGAAGAAGACAUUUCGAAUGAGCUCAGAGACUUUUACUAUGUCGAAGGUCUAGAAGAAGUGCGAGUUAUCCGUGACCGGCAAACCAAAAAAUCACGGCAACUUGGCUUCCUCAGGUUUAGGAACCUUGACUUUGCGCGCGACUUCAUGGACCGUAAUUUCCCAUCGAUCUAUCUGCAUGGACCUAAUGCAGGCAAUAAUGACAAGGGCACGAAAGUCCGCGUCGCCUAUAGUCGUGAGAGGGAGGAUCGCACUCGUGCGAGGGCCGAGGGUGACUGGACCUGCAAACUGUGCGCUAUCGUUAACUACUCGACUCGCAAUAAAUGCUUCCGAUGCCAAGCGCCCCGGCCUGAGGCUGGCCCGGCUGGUCCACCUGGAAUUGCUGCUCCGAAGGUUGAGAACAACGGUGACAACGAUGCAGCUCCAGACAAUCAACCCUCACAGUUUCUUCUCUUCCGAGGGCUAGAAGCUUCUGUCACCGAAGAGCUUCUUGCGAAGGGCGUGGCUAAGCUCUAUCGACCUACUCCCGGCUCAAGUGGAUCUUCAGAGAACCAAAGGAAAGGGGCCAAGGUGGCUUCCACCACGGGUGAUUCCAAUCUUGGGGCAAGAGAUGGCUCUAUUCGCCGUGUCCUACUGGUCAGAGACCGCAAAACCAACGAGAGCUGGCGCUAUGGAUUCGCGGAAUUCGCCACUGUUCAGGAUGCCCAAGCGGCUGUUGCGCGACUUCAUUCAUUCGAGAAAUUUACCAUCUCCUCAAAGCCUGUUCUUGUAAGCUACAUACACGCUGGCGUGUUUGUACCUGUUAUCAAUCCUUCGGCGAGCACGGACCGGUUCACCUUCAGUCCGCUCAGUAACCCAUCCUUGAAGCUUAUGUACUGGGAUGAGGAGGCAUACGUGAAAGAAUUGACGGUGUCAACUGCUGAGUUGGACAACAACCAAGCCUCGACCGCGCAGGGUCAAGCGGAAAACAAGAGUGCGAAAGAUGCAGAGAAGGCAAAGAAGCGAAAGGCGGACGCUGCCGCAAGCGCAGCAUCCAAGAAAGUCGCCGUUCCAUCUCAUCUGCAGUUCUGGAGUAAUCGCCAUGCUGAGCUGCAUGGCCUUCAGAAAAAGGACGCAGACGAGAAGGGAAGCGACGGUGGCGUGGAAAGCCGUGGAUCUCCAGCGGACGCUGCGGCUCCUCCCACACAAUCCUAUGCUGAUUUGAAUCGGAAUUGCUGCUACCUGUGCAUGCGGCAAUUCAAGAGCUCAGCUGAAGUCAACAGACACGAACGGCUCAGUCAGCUGCACCGUGAUAAUUUGCAGAACGAGGAAUUGAAAAACAAAGCAAUGGGCAAACUCAUCAAACAUGGCAUUGUUCAGUCUACCCCUGAGUACAGGGACCGUGCAAGGGAACGUCGAAAGGCCUUUGGCAGCUCGCGAACGUCGACCAAGGCCAAGCCUGCUGCGCCAAAAGAGGAAGAUGAGCCACCAGUGGAGACAACAUCGAAGGGGGCGUCGCUCCUUAGUAAAAUGGGCUGGUCGGCUGGCUCUGGACUGGGUGCUCAGGGUACGGGCAUGACCGCCCCGAUAGCCACGGAGGUGUAUGCACAGGGUGUCGGACUAGGUGCGCAAGGAAGCAAGCUGGGUGAUGCGGUCGAAGAAGCGGGACGCAACACACGAAACCGGUACGAUGAGUUCCUGGAGAAGACGAGGCAGACAGCGCGGGAGCGAUACGAACGGUUGGGCAAAUAG